UGUCUGCGACGAUGCUGACCGCCAACGCAACGCUCUUUCUCACUAUCGUAACAGGUAACUCCUCGGUCACCCUGAUUACUCCCAAAAGUCCCGUAAUCGGCUUUGUUGGUGGCAAAGUGACACUGAAUGUUUCAUUCAAUCCCCCGUCCGUGGCAGAAGGGGGAACGUGGGCUGUUAACUCUAAGGUGCUGCUUUUAUGGAAGGGCCCGAACAUCACAUUUUACCAAGCAGGGUAUACAGGAAGAGUGGUCCUCGACACCAACACGGGGUCUCUACUUCUGCACAGCCUGACUGUCGACGACUCGGGGGAGUACAAUGUGACGAUCUCCGUCAAUACGAAGACGCUGAGCGGGGUGGUCCAGCUAAACGUGACCAAACCUCCCCCAACUCAGCCAUCUAACAAUGCAGGACGAGUAGCAGGAAUCAUGAUUGGUUCAUUUUUAGGUGGGAUGCUUGGUUCAGUUGGCAUCUAUUUUAUUAUAAAGCUCAUCAGCUGGGACCCCCUGAAUUUCAAGCGGUACCUUCCUAGCAGCAGCAGUGUGAACAAUCAUGUUUCUCCAGAACCACCUGCAGGGACAAGAGCACCACGCGUGUAUGAGAAUAUGGCCUCUGAGCGGCAACAGGAGAACAAAGCUUUGGAGAAUGACCCCAAUUUAGACUCCAUUUAUACGGACUUGCAGCUUGAUGAAGACUCAGACUACAGCACUUUACAAAGGUAACCUCUGCAGCUAAUGGUUCCACCAUUGCAGGAGCAGACGUAGAGGGCCUUCUCCAAGCCUUUGUCUAUGAGGAUACAGCCCCUUGAUGCAUUUAGGAUGGAGAAACUGCAGACAAACAUUCUGUGAACAUGUGCAGAGAACAAGAACUUUUUAUUUCUGAUCAAAACUUGCUUAUUUUCUGCUUGAAGGCUUUUCAAAGCAUAGAGGUGUUCUUUCGGAUUUGAGGAAUUAGUUGUGUGAUACAACACUUGGAAAAAGAAAUUGUAACAUGUAUA